UGUUAUUUGUGUGUAACAGCCUGCCUUAAUUGCACACAUCUAAUUCUUCAGAUGUGUGGCUAAAACUUGCACUGUUGUACCCCCAGCAUGAUUUGCAGCAAAUGAGAAGAUAUCUGGUUUUUAAUGUCUUCCCUUUAUUGUUUUUCUUUUGCUCAUUUUCAGUGGUUCAUAAACUAUACUGGUUGUAAACUUUAACACGUUAUUGCAUUACUCAGGGAUAAAUUUUUCAUGGCUGGAAGAUUGCUGCAGAAGAUUUUGAAGGUCUUGAGGGAACGUAAAUGUCAGACACAAGGCUGUAUGCAAAUCUAAUUCCCAUUGUAUCGGAUACUACAAGGUACACUGCAGACAAUAAAGUCUACAGGGAGCCAUUUCCUCACUCUUAUAGCAUAAAUCACAAAGGGAAGCUUUUUCUUUUUUUGUAAUCCAUUUAUGAAUGAAAAGAGCGUCUGAUGUCACGUCAAAGUGUUUAUUUCUGCAUGUGGGACGUCCCACCGCCCUGUCCACCCCAUCCCAUCUCAUUCCCAAACAGGGCCCGUAUAAAACUCCCAGGAAUCCAGACACUCUUGCAGACCUCAAAGUGUGUCCCAGCAGAGCCAUCCAGGAUGACAGGGAUUAUUUUGCUCCUCUUGUUUCUUGUGUUUCCUCUUCUCAAGACAGAGGAGCAUGUUGUUAACGAGCUGUACAGCCUGAUAGAAAAGGGCCAGGGCAGCUUUUCGGAUCCAGCUCCCGGCAACCAGAGCAGGCUGGGGGCUAAGGAACCAUCCCUGCCGAUCAAUGAGCUGCUCGAGAAGAGCAGCAGGGCCGGGGACACAAAAUACUCCCUCCAUCCUCUACCGUCUGGUGUCUGGCCAAAGCACAGCGACCUGGUCCCCAUCCUGCGCCACCACACCCCCCACAACAAGAGCAAGAAGGGCUCCAAGAGCGACCGUCUGACAGAGCACAACAGUGACAAAACCAGAGGAGAGGCUGCCGGUCUGUUUCCCAAAACUGCACAGACUGGAGCUGCGGGUGCUGCCAACAACCGCACCGUGCAGAAAAACAACAACCCAGACAGCCACUCCAACAUCAGUCCACCGCAGCAGAAUGAGCCAGAGGGACACCCCAACUCCAGACCCAGGGGUCAACAACCCCACCAGCCUCCCACCCAGACACACCAGCCGGCCCAGGCCCCAGUCCCACGCAGGGAUCCCCCCAACCGGCGGCUGGACCCGGAGGAGAACCGCCCAGGGAAGUCCAGCCUCUAUCAGUCCGGCAUCGGUGGAGCAAACAGGAACAACAGCCGGCCCUCCGUCCUCUUCAACCGGCGCUCCUCCAGCCUCCUCUACCAAUUUGACAUCCUGAAGAAAGAGUCUGACUUCACACAUGACGCCUUCUGUUUGAGCGAGUGCAGGAAGGAGAAGGAGGAGAGAGAUUAUUACUGCUACAGUGAAUUUGCCGUCAAUGGGAUUGUUCACGACAUCGACGUGGUGCGUAAAGGGAUACGCCUCAUCACGCUGAUGGUGAGCAGCGAUGGCUUCUACAAGAUGAGCCGCCUCUACGUGACGCCCGACAGUUUCUUCUUUAAGGUUCGCCUCCUGGUCCUGGACACCUACAAGUGCAGCAAGCCCUGCCCGGAUCUCAAACUCGGGAGCAGAUACAUUGUAAUGGGUCAAAUCUACCACCGGAGGCGCCACCUCCCCAACGACCUCCUGACCCUGCUGGGCGGCAGACUGAAGCCCGGCGACGGCCUUCUGCGAAGCAACAACUACGUCAAGAGGUUCAACAAACGGAGGCACCAGAAAGCCCUGGAGGCCACCCGCUCCAGGUGCAGGUGAACCCCAAAGACAGGACUACUGCCCCCUGCUGCAGGGCAAGAGACAUUGCAGCCGCUCACCUGAACUGACCUAUAAGUAGCCCUUUAGUAUCGCAGGAGAAAGAAGAAAUAUUGAAGGCAAGGAUUUAUUUUCAAAUGGACUGCUCCGGUGUGUCAUAAUCCAGAUCGAUAUUUUUUACUCAUUUGUACGGUUCCUGUUCUCCCUUUGAUAGUGUUCCUCGGUGUUUGAGGCGUCAAACAAGGGUGCUCACUCAGCCCACUACUGUUUUAUGACUGAAUUUGACAACUCCAGUUAAAACUUGGUAAGCAAGCUGCAUCCUCACCCAAACUGGGCAUUAUUAGGGCGACCCCUUCAUGUCUGGUACAUGAAAUCACUCAAUUACAGUAUCAUAGGUCUCAAAUUGGCUUACCUCUAAGGGAAAUAUUUGGCUUGACUGAAGCCAACUCCCUUCUGACAUUUAGCAUGAAGCAAGUUCAAUAGUUCAAUAGAAUAAUUCAGGUGAAGGAAUUUUUUUUGGCUCUCAUAAAGUUGCAUGAAUUUUUCAUCAUCUUGUUUGAGCUAGCGCAGAGCCAUUUUCUAUGACUUAUUCAAGCAUUUUAAUCAAGCCCAUAUUUGUCCUAAGUGGAAAAUACUGCCAGGUCCCCGUCCACUAUGACCCAAACACA